AGUACACAUCAUUCCAACGCCAUCACCCCAACCGUUAACAACUACUAUAAGAGAAAUUCGUUUUCACCUCGCCGUUUUUUCGACUUAAUCAGUCCAAGAUGAGUGAUGAAGAAGCACCAGCCGAAGGAGGUGAGGGGGCAGGAGACGAGGCAGCAGCAGCGCCCGACACCACCACCGCUCCGGCCGUGGACACCACCACUGCGGGCGCCAGGAUGAUGAUGAACCACCCGUGGUUGACCGCCGCCGCGGUGGCCCUCUAUGCCACCAAGGUCAUGUGGGUCAAGUUCCGAGCCGUCGGACUGGACAAACAGAAAAGGCGGCCCAAAAACCGGCAAGACAAGUCGAAGCCGCAGGAUAACGAGGAUAAUGGUUCAGAGUCUGAAUCUGAGGCGGAUACCGAUGCAGAAGAUGCAGGGGAACCCAAGGAAGCAGAGGAUCUGCCUGCAGACCUGGACGCAGAUGAAGUGGACCCACUGGAGCGAUUAGAGAUUGCCCAUCGAUCUAUCGAGGUGCUGGCCGCCGACCACUGAUCUUCGAGCCGGGGAUGAAGGACCAUAACAGGACACUGCACAAUCACACCUGACAAGGACACGUAACUGUUGUAAUGCUUGCGAUUUAACUAGGGGAGGUUCGUCGAGCCACGUUGGAAACUAACCACCACAUUGGGGGCCACAAAUUAUUAGUUUUUAAAAAAUUCUUGUCGAAGCCUUUUGGUUUUUUAUUUCAUUUUUAUGCUGCGAUGAGAGUACAAUGUUAACUAAAAAUAUAAGCCAUUUGGAAAAGUCAAAA